AUGCUGGUGCUCAACUGCUCCGUGAAGCUGCAGAUGCUGGAGAAAACGUUAAGGUGGAGUUUCCCUGAGUUCCUCAAGGUUUAUGGAGCUGUGAUGAACAUCAACUGAGGGAACCCCUUCAGGAAGGAAGUGGUGGUGGACUCAUGGCCAGACUUCAAAGCUGUUGUCACUCGGCUGCAGAAGGAGAAUGAGACGGAUGACUUUGACCCUUAUACCAAUGCACAUGCAGUUUUCUACAAGGAGUUACAGGCUUACCGGGAGCUACUGGAAAACACAAAUGUCAUCAACUGGGGUCAAAUUUUUCAGAUACAAGGGCUUCAGGAUGGAAUAUACGAAAUAUCCAGAACUGUGGCUUUAUCUAAGCAGGUAGAUGUGAAAACAUCCUCUUCCCAGAUGGUUAUCCAUUCAGACCUGGACACACUGCCAGAUGUCAAACUUCAGAUGAACCCUAAAUUAACGUUGGCUUACCGGGACAUCUCCCAUGCCAGCCUGCUCAGCAAAACCUGGUCACGGGGAGGCAACCCAAGAUGCCAGAAAUACCUUGCUAAGCUCGUUUGCUGCUUCCCCAGUGUCUGUGUCUUGGAUGACAAUGGGUAUCCCCUCUCUUGGAGCCUGACAGACCAGUUUGCCACCGUGAUUCAUGGUUAUACUCUUCCAGAGCAUCGGAGGAAGGGUUAUGGCAGGCUUGUGGCUACCACUUUAGUGAAGAAAUUACAUAGCUGUGGCUUUCCAGCACAGGGUAAUGUCCUGGAGACAAAUAUACCAUCAAUAAAAUUGCUGAAAAGCAUGAAUGCCCAAUUUCUUCCCUGCUCAUUUUUCAGAGUGAUUCAUACACCUUUUCAUUUUUUAGCUAAAUCUCACUUAUAG